AUGUAUCAUUCGCAAGGUGCCGCCUCGGGCGCUGGUGGCGGCGGUGGCGAAGCUCCCACCGCUGUCGCGGCGUAUAGCCGCUUUCCAAAGAUCUUGACGUUCGAGGUCAACCCGCAGGAAAUAAUGUUUCGUGACUUUGAGCCACACAAGACGUAUGAGUCGCCGCUGCAUCUCAAAAACACGACAAAAGAGACGCAAUUUGUCCGAGUUGGGCAGCCGCAAAGUCGGGUUCUGGCGCUGAGGCCCCCGCGUCGUAAUGUCACCUCCAUGAAGGUUGCGCCUGGCCUUUCUGUCACCUAUAAAGUGCUCUUUACACCUGAGGAGAACCGCAACUACUCUUGCGACCUUGUCGUCACAACCGAGGAGGAGGAAUUUACUGUUGCCGUGCAUGCCAUCGCGAGCCGAGGCAAACUCACGUUGCCGGCGUCUUUUACAGUGGCACUGUGUCCUGUGAAAAGCACUGGCACGACAAGUUUGUUUCUCCGAAACACUGGAAAACUGGAGUGCCAGUGGCGCGCGGAGGCGUCUUCGCCCUUUGCUGUAACCCCAUCCUCUGGACUGGUACCUCCAGAUGGAGGUGUUUUUCCUGUAAGCGUGGAAUUUGCGCCAAUGAAGCUGCAGCAAUAUGAAUCCACCAUUCACUUCCUCCUUGGCCCGGAGGAAGAUAUGGUGCAAGAGCUGCCAGUCAUUGGAACAGCGGUGGAGGUGGAGGUGGUGUUAGAGCAGAGCCAAUUGGAGUUUCCAGGAACCUUUGUGACGCUGGAGAGCCAGGCUUUGGUGCGUGUGCGAAAUGACAGUGGUUACACCGUCAAUUUUUCAUGGAAAUCUGACCGCAGCGAUGCAGAAGAAUGGCGAGCCGUGGAGCGGAAUCUGUUAGGACAGACUGAGGCCGUCUCGCAUGCCGUCCUGGCAAGCUCACCAAAUGAGGCAACUCGAAAACGUCUCAGGGAGGAGCGCGUCAAAACGCUUGCAAAGGGAGGACGCGUGUUUGACGAUGAUGUAUUCACUCUCGAGCCUGCGAGCGGUACCAUUUACGCAAAGGGUAGCAAAGAGUUUGUUGUCACGUUUAACCCACAACUCGCCAUGGAAUACCUUGCCACUGCGUACCUUGACAUUGGUGGCAGGCGACAGCGAAUUCCGCUUCAGGUGAAAGGAACCGGUCUUGGCCCCCAGUGCGUACUUGAGUACACCCGUCUUGAUAUUGGCGAAAUCUUCGUUGGCGCCUUGCAUGAGUACCAAGUGGCUAUUAUGAACAAGGGAUGUAUAGAGGCACGCUAUGUCGUUCUCCCACAAGAUACUCUCAUGGGGCGAAAAUUUGUGUUUCAGCCCGUCGAGGGCGUACUGGCGCCAGGGACGGAAGGUACUCUUUUUAUUCAACUUCAGUCGGACCUUGUGGGUCUCAUUUCUGAGACCUUCCGUAUUCACUUGCAUGGAUCCCUUGAGGACUUGACACUGCGCAUUCGAGGAAGUGUCACUGGACCGGCGCUUCAGUUUGACAUGGAUGAGUUAGACUUUGGAAAUGUGUCCUACAACUGGCUACACUCCCGCAUCUUGAAAAUGUUAAACAUUGGGCAGAUUCCUAUUAACUUCCGCCUCCGCAUCCCCGAGUCGUGUCCGUUGCACGGGGUCGUUACGGUAUCCCCGUCGGAGGGCACUCUUCCACCAAAGCAGCAGCAGGAAAUACGCGUGAGUCUUACCUCCAACAUUGUAGGGAACUGCGAGACAGUGUUACUCGUGGAUGUGGAGGGAGUUGGCGACGGGGUGGAUUCAAUUCCCAUCAAAGCGGCCUGUCUCGUGCCAACGCUUCAGCUUUCCACGGAAAAGUUACACUACGGUACAUGCUUCGUCGGUCAUGAGUAUAUCAUGAAUCUCGAGGUCGUCAACAAGACAGCCCUGCUUGGAAAGUAUGAGGUGAUUUUGCUGAAUGAAGAGGGGGUUCGAGCGGCAAAUGCCCUGGUCGUCAUUGACUCCCCAGAGAGGUCACACACCGCCAAGGUGAUCGAGCCUCGUAGUCGGUCUCUAGUGCCGAUCAAACUGACACCAUUGGCGGUUGGCGGGUUACACGUGACAUUGUACGUCCGCGUGCUGGGCUCGGAUGAACCGCCGCUGCCUCUUUUACUGACGGCGACAGCACGUGGCCCAACGGUAACGGUGGAACCCAAGUCCCUUGCGUUUGGAACACUGAUGCUGUUGGAGCGUUCAGAGCGAGAAUUUGUGCUAAAUAAUACGAGCCCUAUUCCCGCCUUAUUUUCCGCAAAGUUCAUUCAAACUGCCGGGCGCAAUGCCCGCCUUGUCUUUAGUGUUGAUCAAUCAAGGGGAAAAAUUGACCCGUACAGCCGUACAACUGUCAAAGUGUCAGCGUGUCUUGACGACGCGCGGUCGUUUUCGGAGAAGAUUCAAGUCAUUGUGAGACACGCCGAAGACGAUGCGCUGGUUAUUCCUGUGACGGCAUAUGGUAAAGGGUACGCUUUGGUUCCCACUACACCCGUUGAUAAAAUUGAUUUUGGCGACGUUUUCACCGAGACAAUGGCAGAGAAGGAGAUUUGUCUGCGUAACGAUGGGCAGCGUGCCAUUGAAGUGUUGUGGAGUGGCAGUCGCGGCACUCGUGUCGUAGUAGGUGGACCGCCGAUUGUGUACCGUAUCCUUCCGGAGACCGCCGUGAUCGGUGCCGGAAGCUGCUGCACAUUCACGGUUCAAGGCUUGGCCGAUGCGGCUGGGGUUGUCACGGAGGAAUUUGUCUUGAAGGAUAAGAAGGAAUUCAAACCGAUUCUCGUCACAAGUGUCACGGGGAACUUUGUCCUGCCUGUGAUUGCCUACAGCACGAAGCGGGUGGUCUUUGACUAUGUUUACGGUGCCGAGGGUGAGCUGGGCAAUGCGGUUAUGAUGCGGACGUUUACGAUGAAGAAUACGACGACGCAAUCGCUGAAUGUGACACUGAGGCGUGUGGAGGCGCCCGCUGGCUCCCAUUCUCCCUUCACCUUGAUCAGCCCCACAUCCUUCACGCUUUUGCGUGGGGAAACGCACAUUGUGGCUGUCAAUUGCGACGCCCACUACCGCCACGACUACGUCGCCCACACCGCAAAGGGCCGCAUUUUGGUCGCAUUCACCAACCAUCCCUUCACAGAGUACGUGGGCCUGGUGGGGAAUAUUGCAUUUCCAACCAUUGGCAUUGAGCCAGAGUGCCGACAAGUAAAUUUUGGCUCUAUUCUCACCGACACAGAGGGGCGGUCGGAGCUUACGCUUACCAACCUAUCAUCGUUAGUUGCGGCCGAAUUUGUGUGGAGUAUCGAGUACCACAAUGAGGUCCCAUCAGUCCAAUCGGAGACGAUGCAAAAGCGCUUUGAUUUUGUCCCAUUUAGGGGAGUUAUUCCUCCAGGAGGAAAACGCGUUGUUGAGGCCGUGUUCUAUGGCACCCGAGGUCGGCAUGAGGCCACUGCCACAUGCAUGCUAAAAGGGGGCCCAAGUUAUGAUGUGAGUCUGAUUGGUUGGAGUGACGCCGCCGUGCGGUUUGACUGCACAAGUCUUGAUUUUGGGGUGAUGCAUUACUCGGAAAGGCAGAAAAAGACCAUCUCCAUCUCCAGUCCUUCGCGGGUUGCCGUUCCCUUUACGGUGGACACCGCGACACUAAAACAGCCUGGAUCUUUAGUGGUGAAGCCGCAGAGUGGCACGGUGACCAAUAAAGUUGUGUUGUCCGUCUCGUUUUGCCCGAUGAUUCCAGAUGAGGUUGUAGAGACGUUCUCCGUACAGGUUGGUCACCUUGAUCCACAACUCAUUACAGUGCGGGGCAUGGGCCAGGCGCACACCAUCCUGGUAUCUUCCCCCGACAAGGGUUUGAUGCUGACCCGGGUGGAGGAUCCACAGUACGCGCGUUGCCUGGAGGAACUCAAGGAGAAGGAGUGGGUGCCGUACCUUGAGAGGUCUGGUUUCCCGCAAGCAUUGCCGGAUGUGGCGCCCCUUGUACUGGAGGCGGAGCGGCAGGCGUACUGUCGUAAUCUUGUUCUUGCAGCAACGACCCCAACGACCCCAACAGCACUUUUUCCUCCCGCCGCGCGUGCGAAGGACGUCGAUGCUGAGGCUUCAAGGAUAGAUGAGCAGACGCUGCUUGCGCGGUACGCGAUAGACUUUGGACACAUGACGCGACUGGAGGUGCGUACCGUCAAGUUGUCCUUGACCAAUACGUCUAUCUACCCUGUGGGUGUCGUUUUGGACAGACACGUGGUGGAGCCGGGUCCGCUGCAUAUGGAGCCACGAAAGAUUCCCACAAUGGCCCCGUUUUCGAAAGUCGAGGUGGUGCUCUCACUGACUCCUAGUGACACUGAAAAAGUUGCUAAUGGCGCAAAUCAAUUUGAGUUUUUGCUGAAUAUUAAUAAGGGCCCACGCGUCGCUGUUGAGGUACGUUGUUUUGUUGCGACACCCGCCUUAACGCCGUGUGAGACCGUCCUUGACUUUGGUGAUGUGCUGCUUGGACGAGUUAAGAAAAUUCCCCUGCACUUCUACAACGCGGAGGCUAUCCCGUGUACGUGGCGGAUGACAUUGAUUGAAUCCAAGCGGAGAACAGGUACAGACUCGGACACCGAAGCUGCCGCUACUGCUUUUUCCAACCCAUCGUCGCUUGCCCCCAGGCGGCAGUUCAAAGUCAAUAAAGAACGUGGAACACUACCUCCUCAGACUUGUAUGAGUGUCAUGGUGAGUUUUAUGUCUUUCGUUCGCGGCCCCGCAAAGGCUAGACUGCGGUUGCGCUAUGCCUCAAACCCGGAUGAGCAAUAUGUGGUAUUUAAGGGCAACGUUGUUUGUGUGAAUGUGGAGUUGUCUCCCUCCCCGCUGGUCUUUCCCCCGAUGCUUCCGUGGCAAACCAUGAAAAACAGCUUCAUCAUCACCAACAACGAGGAACGGCCGGUGGAGGUGUUCAACAUGAACCUCGACGAGAGACAUCGCGUGUGUGUUGGUGUCCUGCAACGUGCCUUGGAGAUGCAAAAGCCGCUGGCGAGAGGGGAAUGUGAACUUCAUUUACCUAUUCGAGAGCCCGGCGAAUAUCUGCCGCAAUCCCUCUUGGAGUUUGUCUUUACCGAUGUGCAACGGGAGGAGUUGACGCUGGAAUACAAGGAUGCAGAUGCAUUAGAUGGCGAUACCGCACGUGAGGGGCUCGCCUCAAGUCACGCCUUCCCCAAACGGUCACGACACUCCCAGCUGCGUAUGGAAGCGCCGGCGUCGUUAUCGCGCCCCUUGGACGGCUCCCCAAGCGAGACAUCUGAAUCCCUAACCUUGAGCAGAGGUAAACCACAACUUGUGAUUGUCACAGGGCCGCCGUUUUCCGGAAAGACGACACAAAUACGGCAGUUGCUGCAGACAGCGGACAUGCUGCAGAUCGAUCUGGAUGCCAUGGUGCGCGCGGAAGCAGAAUUUGACACAGCGGAGGGGGAGCUAAUUCGCACCAUCCUCACUGAGCGGGAAGAGAACCGUGCGGCGCGGGCUGGCGGCGAUGCCGUCAACGAUUACACUCCGCUUCCGGUAGAGAAGCUUCUUAGCUCCAAUGAGGUGAAAAUACUUUAUGCACUUUUGCUACGUCAUCUUUCCACAGUAAAGUAUGCCAUGGUUGUGGUGAUAGAUGAUGUUAAAUCAAUUCUUACGGUUGAUCGGGAGGCGGUAUUGCUUGCCAUUGGAAGUGCCGCCACUGCCACGGGACGGACACUGCAGAUUAUUUCCCUCGGCGUGAGUGAGGCAACAGCGGGGUUUCGGCGAAGCCUUGAGGUGCAAGAGAAAUGUCGUGAGACCGUGGAGGCGGCCGUGACAGCGCCCCUUACUGAGCAGGAAUAUGAGCAGUUGGGUGCAGAGGAGCGUGAGGUGUACAAUCGUCGUCUGCUGCACUUUAAUGCAUGUAAACGGGCCCUUGCUGAGGCCUCUAGUGAGGUCUCACGCUACGCUGCGGAGCUGGAACGCAGCCCACAGCCAACCGUACAAGAGGACGUGGAUGCACAACUAGCCGCAAAGGAGGAGCAGGAGUCACCUGCGCGAGUGGGCUCGAAAGGUAAAAAAUCUGUGCCACAGCCGCAUCCCAGGCCGCGCUGGGCCCAACUCUCUGAGCUCGACCAAUACAAGGAACUCUACACACAACUGCGCCGCGCGGAGGGGGGUGCUGUGCACGUUGUGCUUAACGGGGAGGAGGCGGAAAAGCAUGUAAAUUCGUCUAUCGUGAGGCAGAUAUUGUCGCCCAACUAUGCCCUGCCCCAAACACCAACUACCCCACAGCCAAGCGAGGAAGCAGGAUCUCAUCAAGUGAGUAUGGGAUUUUUGCCGAAUGAUAGGUCUAGUGGUGUUUGGGAGCUAAUUACGGAAGAGACGUUGGGGAGCAAGAACAGUCAGUGCGACCAAUUUCGCUUCUUCACUCCUGUUCAGCGAGAGGCAGUGGUAAAGAAGGCGGCAAAGGGGGCUCCCCUGCAGACGAUGUUGGCAAUGGAGGAAGCCACACGGUGGGUGGUGCCGCCCAAGUCAUCGGUAGAAGUUACUGUUGUUUUUUGUAGCGAUAAAUUGGGCCAACUGAAUUUUCCCUUCACGUUUGGUGUGACGGGCACAAGUCAGGAAAUUAACUUGCCUGUCGUCGCCUGCACCGCAUAUCCGGAGAUUUGCCGAGAUGACAAGAAAAUAUUUUCCGUCACCAAGUCACGCCUCGUCGCCGGCAGACAACCAAGCCGUGUAUUUGUGACGUCGAAGAGGACGUAUGACUUUGGUCCGCUUAUUGUCCCUGGGGGGACGAUCGGUGCGCAGGGGCCAACGACAAGGAAAGGUAGAAGAAUGAGCGAAUUGGGAAACAGUAUAACCAAGAUUGGUAUCCCCUCUGGCAAGGACAAUGUCGCACAGGAUACAAUGACCUUCACAAACACUGGCAUCUUCCCUGCAGAUGUCUCGCUACUAUUUGGAAAAGAAAAAGAGAGCACGUUCUCUGUGACGCCAAAUAAGUUUACUUUGCCUGUGGGAGAAACGGCUAGUGUGGUGCUGCGCGCUGUCCCUGAAACUAUUGGAGAAGUCUCAUCAACCCUCGUUGUGACCGUGCGAGACAAUCCCACACCCUGGUUUGUGAAUGUCUCUUGCAUAGGCACGCGGCCAGCGGUAACCCUGGACGGAAAGAAGGAUUUGCUGGUGCAAUAUGGACGCUGCCUCAUAACGCGUCAGGAGGAGAAAGUAAUUACCAUCGCCAAUGACAGCUUGAUGCCUAUUCGUUGGCGCAUUGCAGGAGUUGAUAAUCUUCCAAUGGAGUUUGCGCUAAACUCCACUUCUGGCCUUCUGGACGUGAAUGGCAUUUACCCGUUGGAGGUUGUCUUCAAACCCACUCGUCCUGGUGUUCACAAUGUGGCACUGAAGGUGGAGGUCACCGACGCCGAGGAGACCUUGUUUGAGUCACUGCCUUUAACAAUCAAGGCGGAGGCGCACGAUGUGGUGGUGGAGUGGUCGCGUCGUGUGGAUUUUAAACUUAUGCAUGUGGGUGAAACAAGGAAGGAGACGGUACUCAUCCUCAACAAAAGUGCAUACGAGGUGGGCUACCUGCUGCGAUUGCCCAAGCCCCUCCAGGGGCUUAUCACGCUUAAUCCGAGUGAGGGGAUAAUGCGUGGUUUGGUGGGUUUCAAGGACGCAUCACUGGCAACCGUGGAGGUGACUAUUCGCUUUGACAGGGAAGGCGAGAUCCCGGCAUCACUUGGUGUGAUUGAGGCCUCCUUCUUUGACCCUCUCGCAAAUGAACUGCUUUUUCCUGUGCAAAGUAUUCCUGUGAGCGGGGAAGCAUGGUACAAUCGAUUUAGUAUUAAACCAUCUUGUAUAGACUUCGGAUCAUGUGUUGCCAAUCAGAGUAAGCAGUGCUCGUUUGAGCUGCGCAACACUGGACGGUUUCCGCUCAACUUUAGACUUUUUAACUACAAAAAUGGGCCUGCGCUGCCGCAGCAGGAUGAUGAAGAAGGCGUUGAGAAAAAGCACCGAAAAGCUGCAAAAUCAGACGCUGUGUUUCAAUUGGGUGCCUUUACGGUCUCGCCAAGCACCGGCAGUGUUGCUGUCGGGGAUAGUUUUCUGUUUCAGGUGGUCACCGUGCAAGGAACAGGGUCCAGUCACAAGGAGACGCUUGGCAUCUACGUAGACCACUGUGACCCGGAGACGGAGGCAAAAGGAAUACCUUUUGAGCUUGUCGCCUCCAUAACAACGCCCGGUAUUGUAGCCGACCUCUCAUCUCUGGUGGAUGUGGAGACGAUUUUCGAAGAGCAACAGGUGGUGACAAGCCACUCCCAACGCAACAAGGCCUCGCGUGUGUACUCAAGGGACAGCCGCACCUUCUACUUUGGGUCCACCCUCGUUGGCAGUCGGGUGGAGGAGCGCUUCCGCAUUGCCAAUUGCAGCCCACUCACAUGCACUGUUAAACUGCAACUUCUACCGCCAAACCCACGCGACGGGAAGGAAAGGGAAAAGAAGGAGACAGAGCCCUUACUUUACCUGGAUGGAUUUCAGCUGUUGGUUGAUGGGGAACCGGAGAAGACCAAUAGGCUGCAGCUGCCAUCGUUUGAGAGUCGCUUUGUCACGGUCAGCUUCAGUCCUCCCACGCUACAGUCUUUCCAGGCCCGGUUUGAGGCGGUGGUGAUUGGUGGAACCGAUCCAAAGACGAGUGCCCUGGUGUUUGAUCUCGCCGGGGAGGGUGUUCUACCGACGGUGGAGUACAUUCUUCCACCGCGGCUGCAGAUACCAUUUAACAUCAGUUUGCCAUCGCCGGUGAAAAAAAUCGGAAAGGGAAAAGGAAAAGAUUUAAGGAAAGUUACGGUGCAGCAUAUGUUGAACACUGCAACGGAUAAUAUUUUUGCCGACACUAUUCAGUUGCCACUGACGCUGAUUGGAAGCGUGACGUCAAGAACGUUUACGGUGCGUAAUUCAGGGGAGGUGGAUGCACACAUUCGUCUGUCGACACCAGAUAUGUUCCCGAAUGACAUUGUUGUCUCGAAUUUGAGACGCGACAUAUUUCUUCCUGUGGGUGGUGCCGAAUCCUUCACACUAUCUUUUACGCCCACGUCGAUAGAAAAACAUCGGGUGCGGUUGCGUGUUUCUGUGACAGAAAACCCAUACGAAGACCGUGAGUUGUGGGUUGAGGCUGAAAGUUACUUCAGCCCCCUCAGUUUUGAAAACAUUGACCCUGGAAGCGAGGACCAACUCACGUUGGGCCAUUGCUACGUCUCCCAGCCGGUCGAGCGUACGGUGGUGCUGUGCAAUAACAGUCCACAUGCGAUUCGCUUCGAAUGGGGUUGUCCCUCUUCCAUCCUUCAGUGCAGCCCACGGGUGGGCCACAUUUCACCAGGCUCAUCAAAGCAAUUAACGUUGCGGCUUUACACGGACACGGUGUCGGGCGAGACAAUUUCAUGCGUCUUCCGAGUGACAUCUAUUGAAGUGCAGGGAGGGGAGGAUUGGGACGAUGCGCAGUCCAAAGCGAGGUGGGUUGUCGCUCACUCUGAGGGGGCGGAGCCUGGCAGAGUCUCCAUCUCCUCGGACAAUGAGACUCGUAAGAACCUUCGUAGAGUCUUUGAGACAGUUCCAGAGCCCUUGUACAAUGUCACCAAUGAUAUCGGGAUACAGAAGCCGCUUUACGUCAGCUAUGCCUGUGAGUUUGCCUCCUACAAGGUCACGCUACCUAUGAACAACGAUGUGGAAAUUUCCGACACUCUCACGUUUCCCUCAACAAAGAUCUUCCAGAGGCGAACCACCGUGCUUCGAGUACAAAACACGGGGCCGAAUGUGUUGCCUUUCGCUUUUGAAGUAAAUGAUCCUGCGCGACGGUCGGGUACUGAGCCGGAUAUAACUAGCAUAUUCACUGUAGAGCCCGCCUCAGGCAGGGUUGAGCCUCACACGUAUCAAGAUGUGCGUGUGACGUUUGCACCAAGGACUAUUGAGGAUGUUUCUCAGGCGCUUAUUGGUUCCUUCCCCCACAGUCUUCAGCCCAAAUUUUUUGUUUCGCUUCAAGGGACGGCAGAGUGUCCUUUGGUUCAUUUCAACGUACCCCCGUGUGAUUACUUGGAUUCCCGUGUCGAUGGUGAGGCGGGACCCGAGUUGAACCCCGACACUAUUCCGAUCAUGUUUCGCUCAUGUGGGCUGCAGAGCAAGUCCACGGUCUGCUUUAAAGUCAUCAAUCCCAGCACGACAACGUAUCGCUUUGAGUGGAUUAGCGAUCCAUUGUCGCAGCGCAUUUCGCCCUUCCGUUGUCUGACGCCCUCUGGCUCUAUUUCAGCUGGAAAACAGUACGAGAUGACGUUUGAUUACACCUCCAGCUCCAUCGGCCUCCGUGAGGCGAAAUGGACAUUUUUCAUUUCAGGCCAUAUUUCAGUUCCAUUUCUGUUGGUGGGUAAAACAGAGGAGCCCAACGUGUUUCUGCAUGUGACGCGGGUGAACUUUGGUGGCGUGACGGUGGGUACCAAGGAUGAACGCAUCAUUGAGCUCGAGAAUCGUGAGGAUAUCUCCUUUCCCUUCUCCUUUGACCGUUCGGUGCUGAGCAACGACAACAACGCGGUGGGUGUGAAACCGCUGGGUGGGACCCUCCCUCCGCGGUCCACCAUCCCUCUCACGAUAUCGUUUACUCCAAAGGAUGAGAUCUCGGUGAACACCAGGUUGCUCUGCCGAGUAAAGCGGAUGAGUGACCCGCUCACGAUAAAUGUGAAGGGUGAGGGUCUUCGUAUUCAUUCCUCGCUGGCGAUCGAGGACGAAGACGCAGAUGACACGGCAGAGCCUGUUAUCGUGCCACCGUCACAGGUGUUUCAUUUGAACUUGGGCCGUGUGCAGGUCGAGAAUGUGGUUCAAAAGCGUUUUGUCCUCACGAACGAAGGUCAGUGCCCCAUGGACUACGUCAUGGCGGUACCAGAGCAACGCUUCAUUAAAGUCGAUCCUCUCUCCGGCACGGUGGCCCCGAAGCAGCGAGCUGUGAUUAUGCUGGUUUAUUCCCCCACCGAGGAGGAGACGUUGCGCAACUUUAAGAUCCAAUGCAGAGUCGCGAGGACGAUUACAUACAGCAUUCGAUUAGCAGUCGUCAGUUAUGUGCCGAAGGUGCAAUUUGGAUUCAUGAAGCACGAUUUUGGUCCCUGCUUUAUCACGGAGUUCUCCUCCGACGCCACCGUGAGUAAGUCUCUGACGAUGCUGAACAUGGAGGCCAAGGAGAGUGUGGCACUAGACUGUCUUCUUUCUCACGGGGACAUUUUUGAUUUGGAUGGCAACUCCUUUGUGCUCUCCCCUGGCGAGGCGCGGAAUCUCAAUAUCAGCUUUGCCCCGUUUGAGGUGGGAGACUUCAAGAGUGAACUCCGAAUCACCCUCAACGGCAGUUACUCUUUCUUCAUCCCACUUAAAGGGGAGGGAGUCAUUCCGCGCAUUGAUGUGCCUGUUCGUUCGCUAAAGUUGGGCGUCGCCCGCAUUGGCGAACGACGCGUGGCUGAGCUGCGGUUAGAUUGUCGAAGUCGCGCCAUAACCCCAGUCUCCCUGGUCAACUGUGUGGAUGCGGAUCUGCAGCAGAAGGGCAUUUCGAUUGUUCCCGCAGAGCUUUUUCUCAUGCGACCCCGUGAGACUCGCACGAUUACGGUUUCUUUUAGACCUAGUGCCCGUAUGCCGGAGUUCCAGCGGGAGCUGCGAAUGAUUGUCUGUGGACGGGAGAUGCCACUUGCUAUUAUCUCGGCUUCCUGCGAGGACGCGGAGGUUCACUUGGACAUUCAAAAUAUUCUCUUCGAUGACGUUGUGGUGGGCGCCACCGCCUCUCGCCGUAUUGUCAUUAUGAAUAGUGGCGACUUCGCCCAACGCUUCAAGUGGGACCCUACGCUUUUGCCGCAGGGUGAAAUGCGGGUUCUCCCGUCCGCCGGCUCCGUGCACGCCCACUCGGAACAGGUGUGUGAGUUUGUCUACAUCCCAAAGAAGCCAGGGAGCGUCUUUCGGCGCGCCGUGUCUGUAGAAUUUGAUGACGCCCCAGCCUUGUCCGUUAACGUGGAGGCGCACGCGGUGGAACGACCCAAGGUGGAGGCGGUUUUGUCAUUUGAGUGCUGUGCACGAGACACCGUAGCAAAGACGGUGACUGUGGAGAACCCCACGGACGCUGCGUGGACAGUCAAACCCCUUAUUGAAGGCCGGCUUUGGACGGCACCAAAGACGUUGCAAAUAAACCCAAGGAGCACCGCCGUGUUGUCUGUGACGUACGCCCCACUGUUUGUGACUAAAGAGAAGGAUAUCGCCACUCUCUUCAUCCCACUUCCCAACGGAUCUGCCCGCAACAUUCAAUUGGAAGGUGUGGCGUCACACCCUGUGGAGGAGGCGAUUGUCAAGGAAAAGAUAAUUGAGGCGAAUACCCCACAUCUUGAGACAUUUGAGAUACAUAACGGCACAUCUCAGCCGUUGCGCUUCCACGUCAGUGUUCAAUGGAGCCCAGAACCGGAGAAGGGCAUGGUAACUGUCAAGGCACCUGUGAGCAUCGAUGUGCCUGCAAAGCAGACCAAAUCUUGCCCUAUUACGUUUUCUUCGCUAAAGGAGGGUAGUCUCCGCGGGACUGCGCAAUUCCGCUGCAUCGAGCGUGAGGAUUACACCCAAGUUUUUGAUGUGGCGCUGCUUGUUGUGCCAAAAACGGUGUCUUCAAAAUCACAACUCGUGGCUGCCGUACGCAGCGCUGCCACGUAUAUUAUGUCCAUUACGAACCCCUUGGAGAAGAAUGUUACUGUCAGUACGCGUGUGGAGAAUGGCAGCGAUGUCGUUUUUGUUGACCCUUCCAUCACGAUUCCACGUAAAAGUACUGCGGAUAUUCCCAUCCGCUUCUUCCCUCUCCUGCAUAAGGAGUAUCCAGCGGCGACCGUUACCGCGACAAGCGCGGAGCUUGGCACAGUCUCCUGUAAACUCCAUCUUCGUUCGAAUCCACCUGGGCCAGAGAAGGUGACACGCGUCACAUGCCCUCUCGGACAGACUGUCGUAUUUCCACUUCGCUUCAAGCACUACUGCUAA